AUUCAUGAAUAUUGAGAAAAGAAGCAAAGCAAACAACGACAGACCACAAGCGAAGAAGAUGAAUCCAGAAAUAGAAUCUGAUGAUGACUUUGAAGGACCAAUAUCAACUCUGAUAAAAAUUAACAAGAAUAGAAAGAGAUUGGUGGUUGAAGAAAGUUCAGAAGAUGAUGACUUUGUUAAGCCACCCCCAAAAAAGAAAAAAGAUGAGAAGAAAGAAGAUAAGAGGAAAUCAAAGAUACAGACAAAAAAACAUUCAAAAAAGGUGCAACAACCUAAAACAGAACAUAGGGAGUUCUUCAAAUACAGCAAUGAAGCAAUACUGCUGAGAUGCCAACCUAACUCAUAUAUGGAUACUGUUAGAAGAUUUUCAAAAAAACAGAUUGAUGAUGUGAGGGAUAUGGGGUUUGGAUCUAUUCUGGAUAUCAAUAUCAACCAUAUUUCAACACGAUUGGCAUAUUGGCUAGCGAGAAACUUUGAUGAGAAGUUCGAUAAGCUAAACGUAGAAAAACACCAAAUAAAAAUAACAUCGGACACAGUUUACGAGGUAUUUAGAAUACUAAAGGGUCCAAAGAAGGUUGAAAUAAUAGCCGAUAAGAGAAAAGUCAAAAAGCAAGAGAAAAUUGAAAAAAGUCAAGAACCGGGAAAUGCUGUCCGAGUGGGGGCAAAACGCGAGAAUUACCCAUGGCUUAAUUGCAAAUACAAUGGAAAAUCAAAGAGACGAAGGGAGUCUGUUUAA